AUCCUUCUCUUGCAGCUGGGUCUUUGUAUGGGAGAAGGGCUACCAGGAAACGGACUCUGUGGUCAGUUCUGUAACCACAAAGGUGAAAGGAGUAACGCUGACAAACACAUCCGCCUUGGGAGCCAGGAUCUGGGAUGUAGCUGACUAUGUCAUCCCUCCUCAGGAGGAGAACACUGUGUUUGUCAUGACCAACGCGAUACUCACACUGAGCCAGCGCCAAGGCCGCUGCCCAGAGCUUCCAGAUGAUAAAACAAAAUGCAAGGUGAACAACAGCUGUGUUCCAGGAUAUGUCAGCACCCACAGCAAUGGCAUCCAGACUGGGGAGUGUGUACCAUACAACAGCAGCGUUAAGACCUGUGAAGUCUUGGCAUGGUGCCCUGUGGAGGAUGACUAUCAUAUACCCAAGCCAGCGUUCCUGCAAGAAGCUGAGAACUUCACCAUUCUGGUGAAAAACAACAUUUGGUACCCCAAGUUCAACUUCAGCAAGCGAAACAUCCUCCCCACUAUCAACUCCACCUACCUCAAGAACUGCAUCUAUGACUCUCAGACAGAUCCCUUCUGCCCUAUCUUUCGUUUAGGGAAAAUAGUUGAAGCUGCAGGGCAGAACUUCCAGGAGAUGGCUGUGGAGGGUGGAGUCAUGGCGCUGCAGAUCAACUGGGACUGCAACCUUGAUAGAGCUGCUUCCCACUGUGUGCCAAAGUACUCCUUCCGCCGCCUUGACAACAAGGACUCAGCCCACACCGUCUCACCUGGCUACAACUUCAGGUUUGCGAAAUACUACAAGGAUAGUAAUGACACUGAAACACGGACGCUUGUCAAAGCUUAUGGCAUUCGCUUUGAUAUCAUAGUGUUUGGAAAGGCAGGAAAAUUUGAUGUAAUUCCUACCAUGAUUAACAUCGGCUCUGGCUUAGCGCUGUUUGGUGUGGCAACAGUGCUGUGUGACAUUGUUGUUCUGUAUUGCAUGAAGAAAAAAUACUACUAUCGGGAGAAGAAAUACAAAUAUGUCGAAGAUUAUGAACUGGGUGUCAGUGAGACAUACGGAACAAACUCCUGACCUCCUGCUGCU